UAUUUGCAGAAUCCAUCUAUGUCUACAAAAUAAAUUUCCUGCGGUUGUUUUUCCUUCUGCUCAAAAUGUGAAAACAAAAAUCAUUUUUACCUAAAAAACAAAUCAAUAGCACCAGAUUUUUCUUUUUCAAACAUGUCUCAUAAUAAGUCGAAAUGGUUCACGUCGGCUUUCGAUGCUGCUCCACCAGCUCGACCAGCAGCACCGGUGUUGGACUCAGGUCAAACCUCGUUUCAGUUUCAAACGUCCUUGGAAAUCGUUGAGGAACCUCCAUCCAAGCGACCGGCUAGGACGGUUUCUAAAAGCAAAAGCUUCGCUAAACCAUCCGCUCCCGCUCCGUCCCCGCGCCAGGUGGAUUGGGCUAUCGAUUUUGCGCCCAAGUCAACGGCCGAUUUGGCCGUGCACCCAAAAAAGCUGGAGGAGCUGCAACAUUGGUUCAAAACUUACGAAAAGAUGAAAGCUUCUGAUCCCGUAGCAAUUCUGCUGCUGUCAGGACCUCCUGGGUGUGGCAAGUGCUCCGCAAUAAACGCCGUAGCCAAAGAUCACGGCUAUCAGAUAGCAGAGUGGACCACUCCAGUUGAUGUGGAUCUGUAUAGUGAUGAUUAUGAUUUCGAGUCCGGCACCAAGGAGUUCACCUUCCGCGAAAGUCAAAAAGCUCAGUUCGGCGAAUUCCUUUAUAAAACAUCCCGAUAUUGUUCAAUAUUUCAGGAUGAUAUCAAACCAAAACUGUUAUUGGUAAAAGAUCUUCCCAAUGUGUUUCUCCGGGAUCCGGAUUCGUUUCACGAUUCCUUAGAACAUUACCUGAAUACGGGAGCGUCACCUUUGGUGUUUAUUGCCACAGAAACUUCCAGUAAAAAGAGCGAUAUCGUAUUCAAUCUAUUUCCGGCAACCGUGUUGCAAGAUUUCCAAAUUCUUCAUGUUACUUUUAAUCCUGUUUCGACGACUUUAAUGAAGAAAGCUUUGAAACGAAUUAGCACAUUAAUGGUCGGUGCAGGAAUGGCGCAGCAUUACCGAGUACCGUCUCAGGAUGUCAUCGAAAGUAUUGUGUUGUCAUCGCAGGGCGAUUUAAGGAACGCAACGUUGAAUAUGCACUUUGCUUCGCUGAAAAAUGCACCAAGGUUGGAAACCGAGCAAGUUCCAGGAACGGAAACGCUUAACACCACCGGACGGGGAAGCCGUAAAAAAGAAACCAUUAAACUUAAGUCUGUUGGAUGCAACGAAAGUCUUACUUUGAUGCAUGCUUUAGGACGAGUUUUCAAUCCAAAAUUUCAUCCCAUCAAUCAAGACGAAGGAAGAUUCCUACGAUCCCCGGAAGAUCUAACUGAUGCUUUUGUUUCUCAACCUAAUUCCAUUAUAAGCUUAAUCCAUUCGAACUAUGUCCUCCGUUUUACGGACAUCGACGACAUCGUUGGAGCGGCGGACAAUCUCAGCCUGGCAGAUGUUAUCAUGAGCGAAUAUCGGGAAGACCAGUUGGCUGCUCAUGGAUUGAACAUAGUAAUCCGGGGAAUGAUGGUACACAAUAGGAAAACGGCCGGUGGUUGGCAGUCGAUUAGAAAAAAGAAAACCUACGAUCGGCCCAGUGCUAGCAAUCACGAGUCACAGUUGAAAAGAUUUGGCCUCGAAACAUCAUCGAUUUCCGCUGGAUUGUUUAUCACCGAUUAUAAAAAGUAUUUGGACAUCAUACAACCCGUGAAAACGAACUCCUAAAGAAACUGGUAAGUCUCCCAAUAAAUUGCUAACUGAUAGAUAGUCAUUUCGGAUAAUAAUACUGUUAUUUUUUUUA